AUGCGUUAUCAUCAUUGUCUAGUACCUUUUAUUGGUACAAUUGUAUUACUGACAAUUGUACAUGAUGUAACGGGUUCUGGUUUAUUCGACGAUGAUGUUACUACACCCAAGAUGACAACGAGAGCUCCUAGUUCAGCCAGUUCAUUUCAAAUAUCUUGGCUGAUUUUUUCAUCAGCCUUCGUGAUAGUUAUUGGACUGAUCAAAAGUUAUACAGAAUCAACUAUCUUUUAA